UUCCCUCUCUGUUUUGGUUUUGUCUCUGUUUCCUUCUCUGGACCCCAUCCUCUUUUCUAUCUCCAUCUCCUCCUCUGCAGCUCCACCUCAUCCACUGGAACAGCACUCUGUUCAACAGUGUAGAAGACGCUCUGGGCAAGAAGAACGGAGUUCUCAUCAUCGCUCUGUUUGUACAGAUUGGUAAGGAGCACCUAGGUUUGAAGGCCAUCACUGAAGUUCUACAGGAUCUGCAGUACAAGGGAAAGACCAAGAUAAUCCCCUGUUUUAACCCCAACACUCUGUUGCCUGACCCUUUGCUGAGAGACUAUUGGGUGUAUGAGGGUUCUCUGACCACGCCCCCUUGUAGCGAGAAGGUGAUCUGGAUCCUCUACCGCUACCCCCUCACUAUCUCACAGAUACAGAUUGAGGAAUUUCGCAGACUGCGGUCCCAUAUCAAAGGGGCGGAGCUUCCAGAAGGGAAUGAUGGGUUGUUGGGGGACAAUUUCCGCCCUACCCAGCCACUCAGCGACAGGAUAGUUCGCGCUGCCUUCCAGUGACAACGGCCCCCUUCCACCCCCACCCCCCAACCCACAACAACUUCAGGAUCCUUCAAUCACUUCAAAGGCAAACAUCCAUAGACAUGGCGAGAUCAAGACAUGCAAGGGCAACGGGGAAACUACCCUUCAACUGGAUAAGCCCGGCUCAACCACCCGCACUGCAGAAGUGUCUUUGAGCAAGGCAGUGACUGUAAACAUCCCUUUGACAGGGGGCAAGCAAAUAGAGAGAGAGACAGAGACAGAGACAGAGACAGAGACAGAGACAGAAAGAGAGAGAUAUUAUCAUGACAGUACAUUACUGCUAGAUUUAGAUGUUUUCUUAUGUCAGAUGGAGGUAUUUGGAAUUAACAACGCCAGAACUAUCUUAUCGAUCUCACCCUGCAUUUGUAGGCUGAAUCUGUUUGCUGUUAACUCAUGCACAGUUGUAUUAAAACAAGAAUAUGA